CCCGUAGCUCCCUUCCCCCCGCCAUGUCGUUCGCUACACCUGCGCAGGUGCUGCAGGAUGUGCGCUUCGAAGAGCGUUUUGCUGAGAUUGAGUCGAGGUUGCCGGCCACGUUGGCUUUGGCCAAGGAGGGAUCUUUAGCCAAACGCAAUCAGACCAAGCGCAAGCUUUACCACGACAGCGAGCUCAUCCGUAUCGAGCUGGAAGAGCGUCUGAAUGAACUAGGUAUCGAAAGUCAGUGGGUCACUGCCCCGGAGAUGAAGGAAGCCAAUGAGAAGCUGGACGCAGUGCGUAAGCAGCUCAAACUGGACGUGCUGCCCGCCAGUUCCUCUCCUCUGGAGAAGAUCUACAUGGUCGUGCGCAUGCUUACAAUGGUGCUGGUGCUCGUGGGUUGGCUCAGCUGUGUGACAGUGCUGAUCCCACUCAAAUGGCUCAACCCAGUACUCAAGAAGAUGGGAGUCAAGAAGAACUACCUUCCCAUGGACAUUGUGUCAUGGGGUACGGCCUUCAUGGUCUGUGUCACGGCCUGUACCGACAUGAAGGCCGAGGGCGUCGAAAACCUGCUCAACCUUAAGGACUCUGUCGUCUGCAUGUUCAGCCACUCGUCCAACUUGGACGGCUUCAUUGUCAAUGGAUCAUCGCCGAUUGCCUUCAAGUUUGCCGCCAAGAAAAGCAUUUUUCUAGUCCCGUUCCUCGGCUGGUCGUCUCGUUGGGGCUUCGACUUUGUGGCCAUCGACCGCUCGCACCGUAAAUCAGCGCUGAAGAGUUUAAAGGAACUUGCAGUGUCGGUAAACGAGCAUGGCAAUUCAGUCUGCAUCUCGCCUGAAGGCACACGCUCGAAGGACGGACUGCUUCAAGAAUUCAAGAAGGGGCCAUUCUACCUGCGUGAGGACACGAAGAAGAACGUGGUGCCCUCCAUCGUGUUCGGCGCGUACGAGCUGUGGCCUCCUGGACGAUUGUUCAGCAUCCCCGGACACACGUUGGUGCGUUACCUGCCCGAGUACAAGUCAGAUCCGAACUUGAACCGUAACCAGAACCGGUUGGCGCUGCGUCGCAUCUAUCUCAAGGCGUUCACGGAGGAUGUUCCGGACUACAUUGGCACUCGCGUGAGCACCAACUUCAUCCUGAAGAACAUGUUCUAUCACUAUCUUGCGUGGGCGAUCACGUUCAAAGUGACUUCGUGGGCACUCACAGUGAUCAGCCUCGUCUUGUACUGGCUCAACAUCACAUAUGGCACCUUUAUGCUGUUCUCGCUGGUCAUGAUGGUGGCGGGAGAAGCCCUCAUGUUCUUCACCUGCUAAUAGCCACUUCGGGACGUUGCCAAGCGCUACUAAGUACGUAGAACAGCUAGGCCUGCGAACGUCGUACAUCACCUCGACGUUAAUAGGACCGUCAAGUUGUCACUUGACAUGCAUACAACCCCGUUUGAAUACAUUUGGGUAGUUAGGCCGUUAGAAUCUCUGUCCUUACUUGGCUACAGGGGCUGCUACUGGCUGCAGCUUCUUCUUCUUGCUCCUGCUCUCCAACAAUCUCCGUUCACGUUCCUCCAUUGUCCCGUAUAGCUCCUCCGCUGGCGAAUAGACGGACGAGUAGGACGCCAAACGGUGGCGAUCCACCUUGAGUUGCUCGUCAACCGUCAGUGUGGAUGUUAAAGCCCCAAGCGGCUUCCCGGCGCGUUCAGCCGCUGCCUCCUGUCGCUCACGCUUGCGCUUCCGCACACCAGCGUUGCGGAAUCUCACGGGCGCAGUACGCGGCUCACCCCAGCCCGUGAGGAUGUUACCCUCCAGUAGCGUAUCGCGCAGAAACUUCUCCUCGAGCUCGAAGAGCUUGCGACCCUGCUCCACCCAGUCCUUCUCCUCCACCAGCGUUUUGGCCUGCAGCGCGCGCAGCUUGGCUUCCAGCUCUUUGUUGCUGAUCGACAUGUUGCUUUG